GUUUCCACCUGAGUGCCACAGUGGUGCCUCCCCAGAUGGUCCCCCCGAAAGGAGCGUACAACGUGGCGGUGAUGUUUGACAGAUGCAGAAUCACAUCCUGCAGUUGCACCUGUGGAGCCGGGGCCAAGUGGUGUGCUCACGUGGUCGCCCUCUGUCUCUUCCGGAUACACAAUGCAUCUGCCGUGUGCUUGCGAGCCCCUGUCUCAGAAUCCUUGUCUCGACUGCAGAGAGAUCAGCUGCAGAAAUUUGCCCAGUACUUAAUCAGCGAACUCCCCCAACAGAUCCUUCCUACUGCUCAGCGCCUGCUGGAUGAGCUGCUGUCCUCUCAGUCGACGGCCAUCAACACUGUGUGUGGGGCCCCAGAUCCCACCGCUGGCCCCUCGGCCUCAGAUCAAAGCACCUGGUACUUGGAUGAAUCGACGUUAAGCGACAACAUAAAGAAGACCCUGCACAAGUUCUGUGGCCCUUCCCCUGUUGUCUUCAGCGAUGUGAACUCCAUGUACCUCUCCUCCACGGAACCCCCCGCGGCUGCAGAGUGGGCUUGCCUCUUGCGCCCCCUGCGAGGGAGGGAACCGGAGGGCAUUUGGAACUUGCUCUCUAUUGUCCGGGAGAUGUUCAAGAGACGGGAUACCAACGCAGCCCCGCUUUUGGAAAUCCUGACAGACCAGUGCUUGACGUAUGAACAGAUAACUGGAUGGUGGUACAGCGUCAGGACAUCUGCGUCCCACAGCAGUGCCAGUGGGCACACCGGCCGAAGCAACGGCCAGUCAGAAGUGGCUGCUCACGCCUGCGCAAGCAUGUGCGACGAGAUGGUGGUUCUCUGGAGGCUGGCUGUCUUGGAUCCAACCAUCAGUCCUCACAGACGAAGGGACAUGUGCGCGCAGCUCCGGCUGUGGCAGCUGAAGGUCAUCGACAACGUCAAAAGGGGGCAGCACAAGAAAUCCCUGGAGAAGCUGUUCCAAGGCUUCAAGCCGGCGGUGGAGGCCUGCUACUUCAACUGGGAGGAGGCCUAUCCCAUCCCUGGCAUCACGUACAGCAGCGCCGACAAAAAGAACUCUUUUUGUUGGGUGAAAGCCAUCCAGCAGCGGAGCUGUCGGGCCCAGUGUGCAGAGGCCUUCUGUGAGGCAGGGAGAGUGCCCGGGCAGGAGGCCGUGGGGACCUGCUUGCAGUUAGGGGACAGGUCCCGCCCUGCUUCCCAGGAGCCAGCAGUGCGCCCGAAAGAGAUCAUCGGGAAGCGGAAGGUUGUCCCCGAAGGCCCCCAGCGUGUCCUGAGGCGGCUUUCGGCCGACGGCGACAAGGCUGCCCACAAGCCAGCUGCGAACAAGGGCAAGGUCCCGGCGGGGAAGAGUUUGGCCGGCAAGCACAGCGGGAAGCGCCGCAUGAGCAGCGAGGACAGCUCCUUGGAGCCGGACCUGGCCGAGAUGACUUUGGACGACAGCAGCCUGGCCCUUGGGGCCGAGGCCAGCAACACGUUCAGCUUCACGGAGAGUCCCUUGGGCCGGGGCUACCGGGACACCUUCGAGGACGAGGGGGGAGUGUAUUUCUCGGAAGCGGCUGACCCGACCCUCCGGAGCAGUCCGUCCGCCAAGAAGACCCCCAAGGACCCCGUGGGGGAGCUGGGCGGCAGAGACGACGACUUCCCUUGCCCAGACGAGAGUGGUGGUGGUGGUGGUGGUGGUGGGGUGAGUCUGAAACCUAAAGAAGUGGGGGAGAAUGGUGCAGCUGGAGGAGAAGAGGACGAUGAUGACUAUCAGGUGUACUAUCUGAACCCCCAGGAGGUUGCGAAGGAAGAGGAGGAGAAGGCGGAGGGAGGGACAGAAGAGGAGCAGGACGUCUUUGCUGGCAUAAAGCCCCUGGAGCAGGAGAGCCGCAUGGAGAUCCUCUUUGCCUGCGCAGAAGCACUCUAUGCCCACGGCUACAGCAACGAGGCCUGCCGCCUGACCGUUGAACUCGCCAAGGACCUGUUGGCCAAUCCUCCCGACCUCAAGGUGGAGCAGCCCCUGACCAAGGGAAAGAAGAACAAGGUCUCCACCAGCAAGCAGACGUGGAUAGCAACCAACACCUUGUCGAAAGCGGCGGUCCUGCUGACGGUGCUCAGCGAGCGGCAGGAAUACCACACCCUGGCGUUCCAGAUCGGCAUGUUUGCCCUGGAGCUGCAGAGGCCACCGGCCUCGACGAAAGCGCUGGAGGUCAAGCUGGCCUAUCAAGAGUCGGAGAUCGUGGCUCUGUUGAAGAAGAUCCCGCUUGGCACCAACGAGAUGAACACCAUUCGGGGAAGGGCCGAAGAGCUGAGGGAAGGCACCCUCUGCGACUACCGCCCCGUCUUGCCGCUCAUGCUGGCCAGCUUCAUAUUUGAUGUCUUGUGCACUCCAGUGGUUUCUCCGACAGGAUCCCGACCGCCGAGCCGCAACUGGAACAACGAGAUGCCCGGAGACGAGGAGCUGGGCUUCGAGGCAGCCGUGGCCGCGCUUGGCAUGAAGACCACCGUGAGCGAAGCAGAGCACCCGCUGCUGUGCGAAGGCACCCGGCGGGAGAAGGGCGAGCUGGCCGGGGUCCUCAUGAUCACCUACAAGGACGACCAGUCGAAGCUGAAGAAAAUCUUGGAUAAGCUGUUAGACCGAGAGAGUCAAACGCACAAGCCUCAGACGCUGAGUUCCUUCUACUCAUCCAGCAAGCCGGCGGUGGCCAAUCAGAAAUCUCCUUCCAAGCACGCCAGCCAAUCGGCUGCGCCCAUUCAGCAUCUCCCGGGGACACCUGUGGCGCAACAGGCAGGAGUGGCCCCCGCGGUCCAGAGCAGCCCCUCGGAAGCCUUCCUAGAGAAGAGCACUCAAGAGACCCCUCAGAGGUCCCCUUGCGACCCGCCUGCGGAGUCCAGCGUCUUGAAACAAGAAGGGAAAGUCCCCAGCCGCCUGGCCCUGGGGAACCGAGGCGGCUACAAUGGCCGGUGCUGGGGCUCACCAGUCAGACAGAAGAAGAAGCAUACGGGAAUGGCCAGCAUUGACAGCAGCGCCCCCGAAACCACCUCGGACAGCUCCCCGACCCUCAGCCGGCGGCCCCUGCGUGGCGGGUGGGCGGCCACCUCCUGGGGCAGAGGACAGGACAGCGACAGCAUCAGCAGCUCGUCCAGCGACUCGCUGGGCUCCUCCUCCUCCAGCGGGAGCCGGAGAGCCAGUGGAGGGGCACGCGCCAAGACCGUGGAAGUCGGCAGAUACAAGGGCAGGAGGCCCGAGAGCCAUGCCCCCCACGUCCCUAACCAGCCCUCCGAAGCUGCUGCACACUUCUACUUUGAGCUGGCCAAGUCGGUCCUCGUCAAGGCCGGGGGCAACAGCAGCACGUCCAUCUUCACCCACCCGUCCUCCAGCGGGGGCCACCAGGGGCCCCACCGCAACCUCCACCUCUGCGCCUUCGAGAUCGGGCUCUACGCCCUGGGCCUGCACAACUUUGUCUCCCCCAACUGGCUCUCUCGGACGUACUCUUCCCACGUCUCUUGGAUCACGGGGCAAGCCAUGGAGAUUGGCAGCGCGGCCUUGAACAUCCUGGUGGAGUGCUGGGACGGGCACCUGACCCCACCGGAGGUGGCCUCCCUGGCCGACAGAGCGUCCAGAGCGAGGGAUUCCAACAUGGUGCGUGCAGCCGCUGAGCUGGCGCUGAGCUGCUUACCCCACGCCCACGCCUUGAACCCAAACGAGAUCCAGAGAGCGCUGGUCCAGUGCAAGGAGCAGGACAAUCUGAUGCUGGAGAAGGCUUGCAUGGCGGUGGAGGAGGCGGCCAAGGGGGGCGGGGUCUAUCCGGAGGUUCUCUUUGAAGUGGCUCACCAAUGGUACUGGCUGUACGAGCAGACUGUGGGCGGGACUCUCGCCCAGCGGGAAGGAGCCACGGGCUGCAGUGUCAGCGGAGCCCGGGCGCCGUGCGAAGCGGUCCGCGGGCUGGCGGACAACAGAGUGACCUCGGAGCCCACCACGGUGACUGUGGCCGCCGCGGUGACUGCCGCGGCAACGGUGGUGCCCGUGAUCUCGGUGGGGUCAACGAUCUACCAGCAGCACACUAUGGCAGGGCCAGCGAUGGCUCACGCGCACACCCAGGGGCUGCACCCCUACACCACCCUCCAGACCCACAUCCCGUGCAGCCCUCAGUACAUCGGGCACCCGAUCCAGCACAUGCCACGUCCGGCUGUCUUCCCCGUGCCCGGCUCGGCUUAUCCCCAAGGGGUCCACCCAGCAUUCAUUGGGGCACAGUACCCCUACUCGGUCGCCACCCCGUCUUUGGCGGCGACAGCGGUGUCGUUUCCCGGAGUGCCUGUCCCCUCCAUGACCCAGAUUGCCGUGCAUCCCUACCAUGCCGAGACGGGGCUCUCGCUGUCUUCGAACGUCGCAAUAGGGAGCGUCCACGCGGCGUCCACCUUCCCGGCAAUCCAGGGGACUUCUUUGACGAGCCUGUCUUCUCAGCCCACCCCCCUCAUUGCGGGGGGCUUCCCCUCGGAGGAGGAGCAGCACAGCCAGCCCGUCAGCCCCCAGGGCCUGCACUACCUCCACUCGGCCUACCGCGUCGGGAUGCUGGCCCUGGAGAUGCUUGGCCGGAGAGCUCACAAUGAUCACCCCAACAACUUCUCGCGCAGCCCCCCCUACACGGAAGACGUGAAGUGGCUCCUGGGGCUAGCAGCCAAGUUAGGGGUGAACUACGUGCACCAGUUCUGCGUGGGCGCAGCGAAAGGGGUCCUGAGCCCGUUCGUUCUGCAGGAGAUCAUCAUGGAGGCCCUGCAGAGGCUGAACCCAGCCCACGUCCACAACCACCUUCGUACGCCUGCCUUCCACCAGUUGGUGCAGAGGUGCCAGCAGGCAUACAUACAGUACAUCCACCACCGCCUGAUCCACCUGACCCCGGCGGACUACGACGACUUUGUGAGCGCCAUCCGCAGCGCCCGCAGCGCCUUCUGCCUGACCCCCAUGGGCAUGAUGCAGUUCAACGACAUCCUCCAGAACCUGAAGCGCAGCAAGCAGACCAAGGACCUGUGGCAGAGGGUCUCCCUGGAGAUGACCACCUUCUCGCCCUGAGGGCUCGGCGGGGGCCGGCCUCUGCCCCCCCCCCGCCAGCGCUCUCUUCACGGCAUCCAUCCUG